GAGGCUUAGCCGCUUUGUAUUUACAGUCUGAAAGGACUGCUCUGGGAGUGAGGAAGCAGAAAGUAAACGUGUAUUAUUUUGUAGCGCAUGUUCAUUUUGGAAACGUAAUGUAUAGUGGUUCAUAUUUAAUCAACCGUAUUUUGCUUUAAACUAUUUUAAAAGGUUAUUCUGCAUUCAUACAGAAAGGGGGGCAGGAAGGAUAUUUAAAUUAUACAGUAGUAAGUGUGCUGCAUAUAUUAUAUUAAAGUAUAUACAGGAUAUACUUUGAGAAUUAUACCUUUUUAGGUUUUUUUUUUUUUUUAAUUUUCCUAAAACAAUGGCUGAAAACAAACAGUCCCAGAUGAUUUUUUGCAACGAUUCUCCAAAAAGAGUGUUGGUGUCUGUUAUUAAAACUACUCCGAUUAAACCGAAGAAGAUUGAGAGCCUCAUGCCGACGAGCCCAGGAUUCAGCGACUUCAUGGUCUAUCCGUGGAGAUGGGGAGAAAACGCCCAUAAUGUUACUCUGAGCCCAGGACCCGUUAACGGAGCUGCAUCUCCUACAGGAAGCAAGACGGGAGGCGAGGGGGACCCCGCUGCCAACCCAGACUACUUAAAGGAUGGGAUUCGACGCGGGCGCCCAAGGGCUGAGACUGUCCGAGAGUUGAUAAAUGAAGGAGAGAGCUCUUCCAGCCACAUCCGCUGUAACAUCUGCAACAGGGUGUUUCCCAGGGAGAAAUCCCUGCAGGCACACAAGAGAACACACACGGGUGAAAGACCUUACCUGUGUGACUACCCGGACUGUGGCAAGGCCUUCGUUCAGAGUGGACAGCUUAAAACUCACCAGCGGCUGCACACUGGGGAGAAGCCUUUUGUUUGCUCAGAAAACGGUUGUGGAAACAGAUUUACACAUGCAAACCGCCACUGCCCAAAGCAUCCCUAUGCCAGGCUGAAGAGAGAGGAACCUGCUGGAGGGCAGGGUAAAUCCCAGGCUGCUGACAACAAGGCAGUUGCUGAGUGGCUUGCAAAGUACUGGCAGACCAGAGAACAGCGCACUCCCAACCCCAAGGGAAAGGGGCUACAGAAGGCUGAUCAAGAGCAGCAGGAUCCACUGGCAUACCUGCAGUCAGACGAGGAUGAGGAGGAAAUGGAGGUGGAGGAGAAGAGUGGAGCAGCAUGUCGCCGCCUGCAAGAGCAGCGGGAGCGACUGCAUGGGGCGCUGGCUCUCAUCGAGCUCGCUAACCUGUCUUCCUCCCAACUCCGCCCCUAGACGACACUGCCCAGGGCAGCAAUCUUCACUUGUUCCCCACUACGAUCCCUAAGCCAAUAGCUCGGUGGGGGGGUGGGGGGGUGGCAGAAGCUAAAGCACCUUAUUUUGCUUACAUUAGGCUGCUAUUAUGUAGUAUAUUAAUAUGAAGAAUGUUGUGGUCUCCUGCACUUAACUAAGGUGGAGACAAUGUUUUGGUUUUUUGUUUUGCACUUUUGGUAAAGAGUAUGAUGUAAAGUACAAGUUUAUUGUAAAUAUAUGGGUUUAACUAUGAUGGACUGCGCAAUGCAGGGAGCAUACUGGAAAAUACAGUAUGAAGGCCUAGCCAUGGCUUUUGCAAGCCUAAUGCAAAUCACUUACAGCAAUUAACGAAUCAAGCACAAAUUAAGGAAAUGUCUUUUACAUUAAAAGGCAAUAACCUAGAAUAAUCCCGUUGUGAAUCCUUGUUUAUUUCACUUUUGAGAUCGAUCCUGCCCUCUACCCAGACUUUACCCAGACUUCCAUCUGGAUGUGACCUGAGGUAGAAAUAAAAAAAGAAAAGUGAAUUGGCUCUCUAGCUUUUAACCUCUAAGCCACAAAGCCUAAACAUGUGAAAGCACUUCCUGCUGAUCCAGACAGCACAUUUUUAACCUUAUUUAUUAUUCAUUUGUUGCUGUGUGAUCACAGAGUUUAAAUAAAGUGCAAAUAAGGAGAGUGAAGGUUAAGGGUAAUGUCAUUUAUGUUUUGGCUUUCAUAUUAAAAAAAAAAAAAAAACCCAAAAAAACAUGUUUUACUGAAAUUUGAAUAUUGUCCAAGAUUCAGAUUCAUGCCUUGUUUUUGCCCUUAAUCCUCCUCUGGUCAAGGCAAGAAACAAACUUUAGAAAUGUUUCCUUUUGAGUUUCAGCGUUAAAUCGUUUCUAUUUGAAAAUCAGGCCUCAAUUACAACCAAUUAUUGGAACCCUUGCAUGUUGCUAAUUGACGUUUAAAAUACUUUACCGAUUCAUUUAUGUUAAAUGACCUUAUUUACAUAUUUUAAUGUAUAUUCCAAAUAUAUUAGUAAAUUAAGAAAUGCAUUUAGGAUGACCUAAUGAACCACAUCCUUUAUAAUUUAAUUAAUUAUCCUUGCACUUGUCUUUUAAAGUUUCUCCACUGAGCACCUUAUUCCAAUUUACAAUCCCUUAAUGUUUUUUUUGUUUGUUUGUUUUGUUGUUUUUUGUUGUGUGUGCAACAGUCCAACAGGUUUGACAGGUAAGCCCUGUAUACUGCUGGCCAAUCAUUUUAUAACCAUUUUUAAAGCCGGUUUAAACAGAACAUUUAAAGCGAUUUUAUGGUUUUAAAGAACUUCUGAUUUAAGUUGUAAUGCUUCCUAAAAAAUGAAUGUCCAAUGUUAUUGAAAAAAAAAAGUAUACUAUCUUCAUAAUCAAAAGGAAAAUUCCUCCCAAUUAACUUGGUUACACAGUUGUGUAAUGAGAACGCAUUUAAACUAGGCCUUUACCAGUGGCUCAGAGCUUGAAGCUUGCUUACUUUAAUCUCUAUUCUGAAGCACUUGCCUUCACCAGCACUUUGCAAGAAGGUCCUUUUUAUUUGAAUUGUUCCACCAGAGGUGGGAAUGCUCUCAUCAGCAUUUCUGUAGUCGGGGGGGAUUAGGCUUGCAAAGUCAAUGUGCUAGGAUAGAAACAUUGGGCAUGAACCCUGUAAUGAGAAAUGAGGCACUUGUUUAUACUGUUGAUAAUAAAGGGUAUUGUUUGGUGAUGGUGUUUAGUUGUCUGAAAUGUUAGGAACUUUUUGUUUGCAACACUAAAUAUUUUGCUUUGUAGUAUAAGUAGAGAAGGCCUAUUUAAACAAGGCUUUUAUAUGUAUACCAUAAGCUACUGCUUUUGUUGAAAUAUUCAGAUUUGUGGCCAUCUAUUAUCAAUUAAAAUGUUUUGCUUUGAACUGCAUUUGAAGUUCAGCACUAUUAUAUGGCAUGGUUUUGUUUUUUAGACACUUGGCAUUAUGGUACUUUGUUUAAUGUCACAAAGGAAAACUUUCAAGCAAAAAGUGUUAUCAUCUACUGGUUCUGUAAUGCCAUAAAUAUUUGCAACGAAAAUAUUUGGCGACUCACACCCAUUAAACCUAUUUUGCUCCAGAUAUGUUGGCAAGCUGUUGCAGUGUACGAUGUAAGUGUUAGUGAAAUUUGAUAUUCGGGCAAAAAAUGUUUGCGUUUUUUGUUUUCAUAUGUGAAAAACGCGUAACAAAAGGCUUGCAAAUAUUUAUGGCUUAACAGUAUUUUUCAAAAGGUUAACUGGAAAUUCUGUAUGAAAAGACAUCUAAAACACCACUGCAAAUUUGCAGUGCCGUAUUAAGGGUAACAUUUAGAAAGAAAAUACAGAUGUACAUAAAAAGUGUAAUUUAAACAGACAAUUGGCAGAUGUUUGACCCUAGAAGUGACAUUUUUUUACAUGUUAAAUAACAAUUUUUAGAUAGCUACUUCUAGUAGUUUUCUUAAUUACCUGACCCAGGUUAGAAAUGGGAUGUUUUGGAGUACACCAAAGGCACUACUAAGUUCAAGGCUUACUUAGGCUUUGGGUUUUCUUUAACUGAACCCUGAGUUGUAUUUAAUUAGGAAGAAAUUGAUUCUUUUGACUUAUUCUGGGUCUAGAGUCUUGACUUUUUUUACAGUUCUUCCUAAUUAUGUGAGCUAUUGUCAUGAAUGACUGCUUUUUUGUGGGUUUUUUAAAUUCAAGAUGGUUGCACAAAGACCUGUUUGCGAAGUGUAAAAGAGAAACCACUUUGUAUUGCUUUAAUUUGUUUGGUAUGAAUGUAUUCUAUUUUAGUACAGAGUGCUACACACAAGCAACCUUUUGCUAAGCUGUCUUUCAUUUGGAAUUCAUUUAGGCACACUUGUCUGGCUGUUAAUGUUAAGAAGCAAGUCUGUCUCAAUUGUUCUCUGAAGUCAUUUUGUACAUCUUUGUUUUCCAUCUGUUAAAAAAAUAACUACCAAUACUUUGGUUUUUGGUAUUUGACAUUGAUGCCUCAGACUGAAAUUGCAUUGUGUUUGGAAGAAAAUGCUAAAC